UUUAUUUUCAGAAAAAGUAACCGGAUAGCGGGAAUAACAGGCCGUUACCGGCGCUAUUUUCCGUCGUACUGCUUUUCGCGGCUGCAUUCGGCUGUUAUUUGUAUGAAAUUGCUUCACACCGGUAUUUAAGCUCUUAACGCUGUCGGACGGUGCCGCCAUCGACGCCGCCGCUAUUGAAAACCCCGAUGGAAUCCAUGAUAAAGAAAUAUCAGCAGAAAUUCAAAAAAGCAAAAGAUGAAAUGAGUAAAUGGGACGACAUUCAAUCUCGAUUAAUUUCUCAGUUCCAAAAUGCUUCUUCUAUUAUUGCCAGAUUACAGAUUAUUCAAAACACUAAAAAUUAUGCGAGUUUAAAUUCAAUUGGAGGAAUCGAAGUUGCAGUGAUGCAAAAGCAGAUGGAUUCUUUGCAAACUAUUUUACUUUCCAUGAGAAAUACCAUUGAAGACUUUCGGGCUGUUGUUCUUUCUCUUGAGAAGCUUCAGUAUGAUGGUAAACAGCUUGCAAAAGGGAGCUCUAAUCAGAUGAACAAAAAACAAUUGCAACAUAGAAUUGGCGUAAAACCUACUCUUACUAAUUGCAUUGAUGGCCUUGUACUUCUCCAUGAAAUGCACCUUGCCGAGUACCUACUUAAAUCGUCAUUGGUUUCUGCUCUUUCAGCUCUUGCCUUGAAACCAAAUUCGGGUGAUCUGGGUGCACUUCACCAGCUUUUGGUUGAUCAACCCAAUAUACUAAGCGAGGAAGUACAAUCCAUCUUUGACAUCGUAUUUGCGGAAGAGAUAUGUUGAUUUUUAUACACAACUUCUGAUUCCCUGGUUUUGUUGAAGUGGUGCUAUGGCCGAAGCAAGUGCAAUAAUGGAAGUCGCAAUUUUCAA